AUAGGUGAUCUCACAAUGUUUAGUGACAGGGACACCUUUCAUUUGUCACUUAGCAAGCCGUGCUGCUGCAGAGCUGAUCAGAGUGUCCAGGACGCUUCAUUCUUACUGUUCUGUGGAGAAAGAAGAAAAUCAAUACCUUCAGGCAUGGAUUCUGAAAGCUUUCAUCAAGAUAUGGGUGCAGCUUCUGCAAGCAAUUAUCAUAGUUUCGGCAUGGCUGCUGCAAACAAUUAUCAUAGUUUCGGCAUGGCUGUUGCAUACGAGAGCCAAGAUUUUGAUAAAGAUGAAGACAAAGAUGACCUUGUACAAAUGUACAAUAUGUAUGAAAGUCAUUUCAGGAUUGUGCUGCUUGGAACACCAUGGGUUGGGAAGAGUGCAGCUGGAAAUGUAAUACUUGGUAAAAGGGAAUUCAUGCAUGAAGUCAGCACAUCACAUGUAAUGAAGAAGACAGAGCAUAGACAAACUACAAUAGCAGGGAUAAAGAUCACUGUAGUUGACACACCAGGUUUCUUGGAUCCUCACUUGACCUACGGAGAAUUUUAUACAGAACUUAUAAAAUGUAUUAGCUUAUGUUUCCCAGGGCCUCAUGUUUUUUUGAUUGUGCUACAGGAAGGCCAAUACAAAGAAAAAGAAAGAGAUGCAAUAGGUAAAAUUAUGCAGAUUUUUGGUAAUAAAGUAUGUGACCACAGUAUGAUCCUCUUUACACGAAAUCCUCAAAGAAAACAUCUUGAUGAUUCAUUAGAAGAGUCUGGGAGGGAACUUGCAAAGCUUAAGGAAAUGUGUGGGAAUAGAUACCACACUCUAAAAAUGAAUGACCUCAAGGAGCGCGGUCAAGUGAGAGAACUCUUGAGCAAAAUAGAGGAAAUGAUAAGAGGAGAUAUGGAGAACUACUACAGGAAUGAGACAUACCUGCCAUUAGAACAAAAAAUUCAACUGAAAGAAAUAGAGAUAAGCAAGCUCUAUAAAGAAAAACAGGGACAGAUGACACAAAAGUAUACCCUAAAUCUUAAGAAGACAAUGUAUCUGAAAGAAAGCAAAGAAAAACAAAUUGAAGCAUAUUAUAAAGAAAAAUUCAAUAGACAAAAAGAGCUGCUUGAAUUUCAGUAUAUGAUGGAAAACAAAAAAAAACAAGAUGAAGUGGAAAAUGAGUUUCAGGAAAGAGAAAAAAAACUAAUUAAGAGCAUGGAGGAGGAGAAAAAAGAAUGGCAAAAAAAAGAAGCAGAGCUUGCAAAGUCUUUUGAAGAAAAACUUGAGAAAAUGAAAAGUAAAUACAGAGGUAAGUUUGAGCAGGACCAACUCUGGAAAGAGAACCUGGAAAGAAAUUUCAAAGAAGAGUACCACAUAAAAAUGAAGGAGUUAAAACAGGACCUGCAGGAUAAAGCGCAAAAACUACAACUGGAGUUUGGAGAGAGGCAGAAUCAGACUGCUGAAGAAAUGCGACAACUCAAAGAAAAAUUAAUCAGCACAGAAGAAAAGCUGAAACAUGAACUUAGAGAUAAUGAAAGAAAAAAUAUGGAGAAACUAGAGAAAGAUAAUGAAAAAUGGAGAAAACAAGUAGAGCAGAUUAAAGAAAAGCACAAGCAAGAAAAGUUGCAGUUGGAUAAAGAGUGGAAAGAGAAGUAUGAUAAUGAAAUCAAGAUGGCCGAAGUGGUGCUGAGAAAGGAAAUGGCAAAAAAACAACACAAGAAUAAAAAUCAGAUGAAAAAGAAGCUUGAACAGGAACAGAGGAAAAGAUUUAAGAAAAUGAAAGCUCAGCAGGAAAUAAAGUUAGCUAAGCUGAAAGAAGAACUUGAAGAGCUGCGCAAGACAACUCAGGCUGUACAAUGGGCAUGGAAGAAAGACCAAAACAGCAAGGAGGCGACCAUCGAUGAAAAGCACUUGGAUAAGCACAGUAAAAAAGGGAAGACGACAAUGACAGAGCAAGUGUUUCAACAUGAUAAUAUAAGAAAAGAAACAAACUGUGAACUUAAAGAAAAUGAAUGCAUACAAGGGACCUGGAGUGACCUGGCUGCAGGAAUAAACAAACUAGAGCCCUGUUCAGUAUACAAAGAAAAGCAGAAUACAAAUGAACAAGAGGAGAAAACAGAAUUUCAGAAAAGAAAGUCACAAAAUACAAUAAAUAUUAAGAAAGAAGAGGAUCUGAAUGAAUGUGAAUUUGAAAUGAAGUCCCAUUUUAAAGAGGAACAAGAAGUUAAGAAAGGAACUACAAAUCAAUAUUUACUGAAACCCUUCUAUGAUGAAAACUGUGAGCAGAACAAAACCAAAGACAUGCUUCACGAAGAGGACGGUGGUAUAGAGCCUGAUCAGUUUCCUAUGUCUGAAAGGUUCAAUCCAUUUCACCAAAGUUACAGUGACACAACUUUUACAAAAUUCAAUACUACAAACAGCAAUGAAACAGAAAAUCAAGAUACAUUUAUGGAUGAUGCAACUACAAUCUAUGACACGGAAGACACAAUGAUGGAGGAUGUGAAAAACAGAAUCAAAGGGUUAAAAUUAUUGUUGAAGAAAAAAGCGCAAGUUCUGUUGCAGUUUGGAAACUCUAUUGAUGAAAAGUGUCAUGAAUUAAAACAAGCACAUGAAAUUCAAUUGGAGCAACUAGAAAAAGAUAUGAAACUUAACAUGGAAAGAGAGUUGGGUAAGAAAGAACAGGAACUGCGGCAAGCGCUAGAUGCUAGGCUCCAUCAAAUGGAAGAAACCAUUAAACAGAAAAAAGAUGAGGAGCUCUUAUCAAUAAAGCAAGACUUAGAAAAGAACUUCAAGCAGGAGGUGGAGAGGAAGGUGAAACAUUUGCAAGAAAAUCUUUUAAACAAAACAAUUAGAAAAGUAAAUGAGUUGCAACUAAACAUAAAAGAUGGACUGGAGCAAACCCUAGAGCAUGAAAUUUAGGAGUUUCUACAGCAGAAGAUUGCAAAAUAUAAACAAGAACAAGACAAGACAUUUGAAGUUAGGUUGGAUAAAACAGAAAAAGAAUUUUAGAAAAAACUUAUUACCCAAAAGAGUUCAAUUACAUUCUGUGAAGGGGAGCCAGAAAAUCAGUAAUCAUGGUUUAGCUAAAUGUGCAGUAUAUUAAUGACAAAAAAGUUGCACUUGAGUCAUACAUUUUAUUAGGAAAAUGAUAUUCCAAAUAAACCAAAUAAUCAAAAUUGUCCUGUCCUACUCUCAAUCACACUAUCACUAUGCUUUUAAUUUGCUGUUGUUCCAACAACCACAUAAAAUUAUUAUGAAUUCAUUACUUUUGCUAUUUUAAACAGUCUUCUUAAAAUUAGUAAACUUGCAUUAACUGCUUUACGCUUAUUCGUCUUUAAAGUAUCUUACAUUUUGAAUCCUUUCCUUUUAUUAUUUGUAUACUUUUCUCUAGAUUUUGGUGGAUUGCUGUCAGGAACCUUUAGUAUGAUUUUUGGCUUCACUGUCACCAGCCCUUUUAUUGUUGUUUGACCACACUGCCAAUUUGCAUGCUUUUGUUUGUUUCAAGCUUGUCACCUUAUCCUUUGGCUGUUAAUUACACAAGUUUAUAUUCCACAUUAUGAACUGAUUUUCUCUACUCACACUCAAUAGCGUGUUAACCAUGAAUGAAGAAAAGAGGAAGACAUGGUAGGAGUUUAGCAGAGAAUUAAGUUGUAAAUAAAGGGCAAACAAUAAUUAAGGUGACAGACAUCCUGCAUUUUCCUGGACAAUCUAGUUUAUAAGCCCUAAUAUUCAUAUUCUGAUUUAUUCUUAAAAAAUCUACAUUUCUUCAAGAUUUGGGACUAAUUUCUCUUUCCAGUAGCUUACGCAAACAAUGUCCUAUGUACGAGUAUGUUGUUGCUGGUUGGUUGUUGGUGUACAACGUUUAACCACUGAUCUCACCAGUUUUGUUCAAAACAGACAAAAUCUGGCCAAUCAGAUGUCAUGUGAUUAGGAAGUCCAUGUUUAUGUCAACAUGAAUGCUAGCAAAACACAGUACUUUACCAUAGUGGUGCCUGCACCCUGCAAAAAUGAAAUCUAAGCAAGUGAGAGGUUUUUUAUAUCAGGCCAUUAAAUCUUCUUUUUCUUCAAGUAAGUUAUAUUGAAUUGGCUCAACAAAUUGUAUUUAAGCUUAUUUUAAGAAAUCUUGUGAAGUACAUUUUGCAUACCACUUUAGAAGAUUUAUUUGCUGUUUUUGUGGACCCUGCAAAAGAUUGCCUCGAAUGAAAAAUACAGUCUUCAGGCAGAAAACAACAAGCAUAGCUAAAACUUAGCUUUUGAAAAAUUUUGAAUAAUUGUCAGUAACGCUAUUUGGAACACUGCUGACUGGUUUCAUUUUGAGUUUUCAAUUUGGCUCCUAUGUAUUUAUUUGUUUAUUUCAUAGCUGUUUUGCUGAUCUCACAUAGUUUAUGUAGUACUAUAAUAACAUAGCCUAUAUGAUUUGUGUGGCUGUGUAGAUCCUUCUUAUCUUGUUAUGGAAUUAAAUGUGAAAAAAGUGUUAAAAAAGUUCAAAGAUAUAGGCUUGAAUUCUAAUAAUCACAGAGAAUUUGAAAAUACAAAAUUAUUAUUAUUAUUAUUAUUAUUAUUAUUAUCAUCAUUACAUGCUAUGAGUCAACUCCACCCACACCCAAACAAGCACCAAAUCCCAAUGCCGGCUAGCCCACUCCAUUUCAUCACCUAUUGUACCACAGAGCAUCUG